CGGCUGAAGAAGAGAGCCACGGACAAUGCCGGGCCUUUGAGCACAAGGGACCGUGCGGCGACGCAAUGGGUGCGAGCCUUUGCGCGCCGCCCGACAGCCCAAAGCAUGAGUUCAAGGAUACUAGUGGCCUGGUUUACCGUCCUGAUGCAGGUGUCUCAGCGACCGCGUUCAAUGGCAAAGGGGGGCACUACACGAUUGGGGCGAAGGCUGCUUCCGCCCCGCGCCCCGAGCCAGCCGUGGCCGCGGCCAGAGCUGCUCCGUCGGGGGAGCGGACUCUUCCCCCGCCCGCGCAGCUGCCUCCACAGGAUACACGGCCCGUGGAUGGCAUUGUGGACACUGGCGAGCGCCGGAGUCGCUCAGACCCCAUCAGGAAGAUGAGAGUGGAGAUCGCAGAGAUGAACUACAAGAUGCGUAACAUGUGGCAAGUGCCGGCGUGCCGGUACGUUGCCUUCAACGACAUUGUGAAGGUCAACAAGUCCCAGGUUUCUCCCCUUGUCAAGGUGCCAAAAGUCACUUUCUCUACAUGGUCAACUGCCGAUGCUCUUUUAAAUUUGGGAUCCCAGUCGGGCAAAGUGGUGUGCGGCCUGAACUUCGCCAACGGCGAGCAGGUGGGAGGUGGCUACAAAACUGGAGCUUUGGCCCAGGAGGAGGACCUGUGCAGACGGAUCCCAAAUCUCUACACGUCCUUGCUGAAUGCCAAGAGGGAUGGUCUGUAUCCCUUUGGCCCUUGCACGUGCCGGACAACGGAUCGGCCAGAGAAGUACUCGGACCUGCUCUUCACCAGCGAUCUGGUGGUGGCGCGAAAGUCAGAGGAGAAGGGCUUCGAAGUGCUGCCGCCAGAACAGCAGGUUCAUGUCUCCUUGAUCACAGCUGCCGCUCCCAACGUGAACUUCGCGCGGGAGAUCUACGACCUCCGGCUGAUGCGAAACACCAUCCGAGCCGUGUUCCUCGCGCCCAGGGUGAUGAGGCCGGACACCAACACGCUGAUCCUGGGCGCUUGGGGUUGCGGGGCUUUUGGGGGUAACCCCCACGACAUCAGCGAGCUCUUUGCCGCGGUUCUGGCGGAUGAGGGCCUCGGGACUCUUUACCAGGAGGUGCACUUCGCCAUUCCAGGGGGCAGGUACGACACCACCAACGGCAAAGUCUUUUGGGAGACCCUCAGAAAGAAGGUCGACGUCCAGGAGAUCAGUUGUUGAUGGAUCUUCACCGCUACUCGUACCUGGCGAAGAGCAGCUCGCAUGAGCCACUUGCCCCCAAGCCAUUUUGGAUUCCGCUGUAUGGGUUUGUCUCGUAGGGGUACCCUCGACA